AUGGUGUUUGGCGGGGCAGGCAUGGUCAUGCAGAAAAAUGUAGAUGCUCUUCUGGAGGGUUUUGGGAACAUACAUACAUUUUUCGCAACAUACAGGACCUUUGCCUCUCCUGGUGAGGUCCUAGAAAUGCUCCUCAGCAGGCAUGGAAAGCUGGAGACCUUGAGCUGCAGAGGAGAUGAAAGUCCAGAUUUCUCAGCGGACUCCAGGGCAGUCCUCGGGAAUCCAAUCAUCUUCUUCUUGAAAACUUGGCUGCACUUUAGCCCUGAAGAUUUCAAAGAGCCACCGAAGUACCACACACUGCAGAAAGUAAUAGCACACCUGAACAAGAACGUCCCUGGCUGUGACAUGGAAAUGGAGGCCAAACACCUCCUCCACCAGUUUCAAAACGAAGCAGAAAAUGAGAUGACCACCAUAGCACAGGAAGUGCGUGUGACUGUUGUUUCCUCUUUGAGUGAUGGGCUUCUGACCUCCAAGGACAGAGAAAUAACUUACAUUCCAGGUCAAAGACCUGCUGAAACAAUGCCCAGGGACCAGCCUGAGGACCAUUUGGGGGACCGACCUUGGGAUCUGCCCAAGAGCCAACCUGGGGACCUGCCCAGAGUCCAGCCCAAUGGCCAGCCCAGGGACCUGCCCGGGGACCAGCCCAGGAACCUGCCUCAGGAAAAGAACGAAGACGCCUACAUCAUUCACUGCUCAGUGCCGAACAGUCAAGGUGCUGUGUACAAAGGCAUUCUGUUAACGAGCCAAGACACAACUAGAGAUGUGAUCUCAAAAAUUAUGAGAAAAUAUGAUCUGGACAUGGAGGAAGCUGGAAACUACCAACUUGUGCAGGUCAUUUCGGAACACAAAGAGCUAGUCUUCCCACAGGAAGCAAAUGUGCUUUCUUAUAUGAACAGCCAGGGGAACGCAGACAUCAGCCAAAGAAGAAAGCCAGCUUUCCGUGCCUCCCCAUUGUCUGCUGCAGACAAGAAAAAGAGGAGGCGCCUACCUCGCCUCUUUAGAGGCAGCAGGGUCAGACCCGAAUGAGAGCAUCCUGACAAGGAGCUGACACGAAUACCAUUCUCAGGCUGGGGGAGACUGGGAACCUGUGGGGGGUUGGGGUGCAGGCAUGGGAGGGAUGGGGUCAGGUGGGAAUGGGGAGCAGAAGGGAAUAUAAUUUAUGUUCAGGAGGGAUGUUGGGCACAAGGAGUGGGAGGGAGAGGGGGAAAAUGGGAGGGAGGUUUGUUACAAGGCGGGGAUAAGGGUAGGGUUUUGCAAUUGCAAGAAAGCAGACCCCUGGGUGGGGGAAGGGGUAUAUACCCUUCCCCUUGCCCCCCCAGCCCUGCCGGUGCCCCUCACUCCCAACCCACAGCCCCUUUCCCACCCACCCCCAUACCUCCUGGUGCUCCUCCCUUAUCCUGCAGAGAAUGAAAGUAGCCAUCAAUCCCUUCUUCAAUUGCCCUGAUCCCCCUCAGCCUGCUCACCUCUGCCUGGAGCCCCCUCACCUGCCCCUCCAGGGCCUCAGUCCGGGCACAGGUGGGACAGGCAAGAGACUCCCGGCCCCCACGCUACCCCCAGGCCUCAGAUGUCCCGCCAGGCAGCCCCCGCAGACAGGGCUCAGGGCACUGCCCACCCAUCCAAGGGGCCUGUCUGGGUGGAGGCCUCACAGGAGCUGCGGGCCGGAGGCAGCAGCAGGGCAGGGGCCUUGGCUGCGCUCCGUGUCACCACCCCAUAGUAGCACCCCUCCUCCUUCACUUCCCUGAAGUCUCUGGCAUAAGCCCCCAUGUGCUCCUGCCCAUGCCUGGCCUGUGAACUGCAGUCAAACUGCUCCCCUGUUGGCAGUCCCUGUUCGCUGGCUCCCUGGUCACAGCCUGGUCCCCAACAGUUUGUGAUGCACAAACACUCUCGGGAGACGAGGUUAGUUAUAUGCUCAAGACCUUUCCCAGCUUUCAUUGGCAUGCAUGGUUUUCAAACUGUUUUGGGAAGGCUUCUGGAUCAUCUCCAUGUUUGUUGUGAGGGGAGAUUGGUGUGUUCAGCCUGAGGGAGCAGCUGGGGCUCGCUAAGCGCCUGCAACUCCAGGGUUUGACUGCAUCCUGAGUACUGCGAGAUGGUGUUUGCACUUGAACCUGGCCUCUUGGCCACCAUGCUCAUGCUGGCACUGGACCUCUUUGU